GCCUCUCAAAUAGUAUUAGCUGCAUAUCAUUAUUUUGUUCCUUACACUAAUUAACAAAAUGUCAUCGCUCAUCUUUCUCCUUAUCCUUCUUGUUUCCCUUCCUCCAUUACUAGCAGUUAAAGCGGCGGUUCCAAUUCUACCAACUCCUCAGGUUUCAGCACUUAAUAAAGGUUUAAAGGACCUUCAAGUAGCUUCAUCACAACCUAACAUCACUGCUACUAAGUCUUUACAAAUCUAUGAUGGAAUCAAGAAACCACCAACUCCAAAACCUAAAAUCCAUAACUUCGAAUUCAAUGUUACUAACCAAAGCAGUGUUCCUUACUAUUCGGCCCCGGCAGGUGCGCCGCCACAGAAAAUCGAAGGCCUCCAUUUGGUGAAAGAGUAUCUCUACACCUAUGGCUACAUCCAAAACAAUAGUUCUUCUGGAAACUUCACUGAUCUCAUGGACGAAAACAUGGUAUCAACUAUUAAGGAUUACCAACGGUUCUUCAAUUUGGACACCACCGGAGACAUAGACAAUGACACGUAUCAGCAGAUAUUGCUGCCGCGCUGCGGUGUGCCGGAUAUGAACGUUACUUAUGACCUCCCUGUGAAUUUCUCAUGGCCUCAAGGGACUCUGUUGUUCGCUAACAGCACCAAGAUCCUCACGUAUGGGUUCGACCCCAGGUACAAUGUACAACCCAAAAUUGCCAAUGUGUUCAAAGAUUCAUUACAGCGAUGGCCAGAUGCUAUAGGGAUUCUGAACUUCAUAGAGACAACAUUCAAAGAUGCCAACAUCAAGAUUGUGUUCAUGGACCUUUCUAACAACGAGACGAUCGGAGACGAGUUUGGGGCAGCACUUUAUGAAGGCUCUAGUUUCGGGAUCAUGGUAAUGGACAGCUCUAAAACAUGGGUGCUUCCAAAUGUUAAGACAAUGCAGUGGGAAGAGGGGGAAGUUGACUUAGAGAGUGUUGUGAUGCACCAAAUUGGGCAUCUUCUGGGGCUUUCACACUCCACCGAUGACAGCGAAUCGGUUAUGUUCCCUUCUGUUGUUGCGUCGCAACAACGGAAGGUGGAGCUCUCGCAAGACGAUCAAGUGCAGAUCCAACAGUUAUAUUUCCCUGGUAAGCCUAGUAAUGAACAUUCAAACUCACAACAUGGUGUUGAGACUGGUAGGGGAUUCAUUUUGGCAUCUUUGUUUCUUGGAUUUGCUUCCAUGGUUCUCUUCUAAAUUCCAGUUAUCUUGUGCACGGGAAAAUCCAUUUCAUUAUAGGUAUGGCAAAAUCAAUGUGAGUCAAUUGUAUUUUGGAGGUAAAAUGGUUUUGGAAUUCCAAAGUAUCAUUAACAAGACAUAUAAACAGAUAUUGUAUUUUGGAUCAGCUGCAUAUGAAUUUUUAUUUAAAAAAAUAUUUAUGGACAUUAAACUAUUGUACUGUCU